UCGUACAUAACAAGGGGAGAAGGGAAAAGGACAUCUUCCCAUUCUGCGUAGGUCUUUUGUCCAAUUGGUUCGGUCCUUGCAUCACGAAAAUGUCAAUUUCAAAGUGAAUGGUUUUUGUUGCAACUCCGCGACGACACAAUAAGCAGAAUGAAUCUCUCACUACGUCGUUAUUCGUUUAUUUUAACAUUUCAAUUUCUUUUCCUCUUCACUGACCUGCUCCUGAACAGUUUCUCGUACUUGGCGAGAGGUGAUAAGUUAUCCAUCAUUUUUGUGUUUCUGACCCAGGACAUUUGCUUGAUUCUGUCGUUCACGGCGUUAGUUUUCAGCAUGUAUUCGACCUACGUCUACCAGGCUGGCGUUGCUGAACUUUUGUAUAAGAAAUUUCGGAUUCCUCUGCUGGCACUCACCACUUACUUUUUGUUGAGUGUAGCUCAUCAUGUGUGGAUUGUGAUAAAUCACAGCAAAGGACCCUUCACGUUCCAAUGGCCAGCUGGCUUGAUGGCGCUCUUUAUUAUUCAUCGAUUGUUUUCUCCGGUUUACUAUUAUUUGUACAAACGAUCAGCAUUACGAAUGAGUGAUCCACGCUUCUAUGAGAAUAUGGAUUGGGUUGCAGAGCAUCUAGCAAUUAAGUAAAAUUCAUGUAAAAAAACUGCUCAUGCGUUGUAUGCGCUUUAAGUCGGAAAGUUUCUAGUCCAUCAAGCGCAAAAUAAGUUUAACAUUUCCACUUUUCUCUCGUACAAACUAUGUAAAAAAAUCUAGUCAAUUUGUUGUUUUAAGUUGCCAGUUAACUUUAGGAAAUCUUCUUGACUCUGGAUGACCAUAUGCAGUUCAAUGGGUAAUUGAGAUAGGUCAGUUAGCUUAAAAUGUGAUAAAUUCAUAGCUAAAAGUGCACGUGUUAUUUAUUAUUGACUACUUCAAUUUCAAUCGCUUCCAAUGUCCUUUUGUUUGCUACUUUGCUUAGAGUUCAAUCUAUUUGAAUAUGCUAGACAAUACGUGUCAACAAUCUUUGGAAAAAACUGCGGCAUAAAUUCCAAAAAUAGCAAUAAAAAGAUGGAAAGAUACUUUACAAGAAAUUUAGAUAAUUUAAACUAAAAACAUCAAAUUAAAGCAAAUCGCGUAUGAAAUAAUCUUUAGAAAAUUUGUCCUUCCAAUGAUUCGAGUAAGCGCAACAUAUCCGUGACGUUCAUUAGUUUGAUAACAGUCUGAACCGUUCCACCCAUAUUUCACCCAUAAGAAUAAAAGACGCAUUUUAACAGCCAAAUUGUUCCAGAAGACAUCGUUUAUGUAACAUAAAUGUUUGUUGAAAAAAACUUAGAGAAAGACCAAACACCGGAAGUAUCAGUUGUUCAAGUAGUCGUUUUAUUUCAUUCCGAAAACUUAGCACAAUAAUGAAAAAAGUUAUAUAUUUUGUUUAGUUAAAAAAAUCUGUACAUUAUAUAAGAAAAUGUUUCUCUCAUCGAUGUAUAAACAAAAAUGAGUUGUAAAAAGUAAAAAAAAUAAAAUAUUUAUCUUAUUUUCUCUUGAAUAAAGUUAAACAUAUUGCA